ACCUCACCAAACAAACCUGUUUGCUGAAGAUCAAUGAACCAGGAAGAGAACUAUCAGAGAGCGAGAGAGAGGGAGCAGAAAACAGAGAGAAAGAGAGAGAGUGAGUGAGACCUCCACUCAAAUACAGGCUGAGUGAUGGCAUCGGGAGGGGGGGGGACGGCCCCGCGGAGAGGGUCCGGGGCCUCUGGGAUGGUCGUGGCCCCCGUGGAUCAGAGGACGGUGGACAGGACCUGCAGACACCUGGAGAAACUGAACAAGCUGUGCCAGAACCCGAAGCUGGGCCUCCGGAACAGCCCGCCUUACCUCCUGGAGCUCGUCCCGGACUCCCUGCAGCACCUGCAGCUCGUGGUGGAGGUGGGGAAGCUGCGGAGGGAGCCCCUCUGGCAGCAGGAGUACUUCUGUGUGUACCUGAGGAAUCUGCAGAGCAAAACCCAGCAAGCCAUCAGGAUCUUCAAGGAGGGCAAGGAUAGGAUGUACGAGGAAGGGUCGACCCCAAGGUGAGUGACGGACAGUUAUUAUUAUUAUUAUUAUUAUUAUUAUUAUUAUUAUUAUUAUUAUUAUUAUUAAUUUCUUAGCAGACGCUCUUAUUAUUAUUAUUAUUAUUUAUUUCUUAGCAGACGCCCUUAUCCAGGGCGACUUACAAUUGUUACAAGAUAUCACUUUAUUUACAUACA